AUGGACUCAUGUAUUCCCAUAGAGGGGCUCCCUGGGGAAUCCUUUGACUCCAGUCCUGACACAGGAAGCCCUUACCCUUCCCAACACCAUGCCCUCCACCGCAGUGGGAGCAAUAUCCAUGGCAACCCAUCUUCCAAUUUGGAAAAAGGUAAGAGCCCCUUCAGCGUCAGAGUGCAGUGUGUGGACUUUGUCCAACUUCAGCGCAUGGCAGAAUACAGCGUUACCACGCACAAAGGGAGCAACCCGUUCAUCCGUGCUGUGGCAGUGUGUGAGGAGAAAAACUCCACAUGGAAAAAGAACAUGGAGGAUGUGACCAUUUUUCAUGAGGGGUAUGGAGGCAAAGAGGGGACCAGCUUUUUCGGGGUCUUUGAUGGGUUUCACGGACAGAUUUCUGCAGUUACAGCAUCUAGGGAGAUGCCUGUUUUAGUCCUGGAGCAACUCUCCAAACAGGACCCCUUGCUCUCCUUGGAGAAGGACCAGGUGAAGCUACUGUCACGCUUUGAAGCCCUGUUCCAGAAAGACUACAACAGACCUUACCCAGGCCAGGCCCAGAACAUUGGACUAGGCCUAGGCCCUGAGCAGCUGGAGAAUCUGACCAAUAUGGAACAGGUGAACCUAGCCUUCACCACAGCCUUCUGGAAGAUGGACCGGGUCCUGGGGCUUGGCAAGAACGAGACCUCCAAGAUCCGCUGGAGUGGCUGCACAGCGCUCCUCUGCCUGAUCGACAGUGGGCUGCCCUCCUCAGACGGGAAGGAGCAGGAAACAGGACAGGAGAGUAAUACACCAACCCCCUCACAGGAGUUACAGGGUGGAAGAAUUCUCAUUGCUAACUGUGGUAAUGUCCAUGCGGUGCUGUACAAACAAGGCAGGGGCUUUCGUCUGACCAAAGACCACAGCACGUCCAACCCUAAAGAGCGCAAACGCAUCCUCCAGUCCGGAGGGGCAAUCAGCGUCAACAAACAGCACGGUCUGGUGGAGGGGCUGACCGAGGCCACCCGAGGGCUUGGUCAUUAUGGCGAUCGCAAGCUGAAAAAGUCAGUCAUCCCUGUGCCUUACUCUGUGUCGCUGCCCACGGACCCAUCCUUCCAGAUGCUGGUCCUAGCGUCCAGUGGCCUCUGGGAAGUCUUGGAUGAGCAUGCAGUGGCUGAGAGAGCUCUGACUGUCAUUGAGUUGACUCAACAGAAAUUAAUAGUGAAGACACUGUGCCUCAUGCAAACUGUUGAGGAUUCAUCCGUUUCAGAUUCUCAAAGUUGCAUACAGUCAAGACCAGGGUCAUCUAUUUUUGAUAGUGAAGAAACUUCCAGUGUCAAGGAUGAGGACAACCCACCAGAGAUGGACAUGCCAGAGCCUCUGGGGGUACAAGCUAGAGAUAUUCAGAAUGCAGAGAGACAUCAAUCUCUAGUCCUGCAGCAGGAGAGUGAGGUCAAUGUGAAGGGAACUAUGGCUGACAGUCUGAAGAAUCUCACCUUGGACUACGAGCACCUUGCAGCUGACAUUUGUAGAGAGCUAGUGGACACAGCAUUGGUCUCAGGUUCAAGGGAAAACAUUUCAGUCAUGGUCAUACUUCUUCAUGGGUUGGAUGUGCUCAGAGAAAACACUCUCAAAGGAGAGUUAACAAAGCAAACAAAUACCAUGUAA